CUCUCUCACUCUUCUUUUUUUUCCAACCACUGCCAACUUGGUCCACUCUUCUCUUCUUUAGUCCUAACUCUUCACUUUUUCUUUCCUUCCUCUUUCUCUUUCACUCACCGAAAAUUUGCUCGCAAAGGAGGAAAAAUGGCACCUUUCAUUUCCCUCUCUUUCUUCUUUCUCUUUCUCCACUACCCCCUCCUGUCCCUCUCAACCAACUCUGAAGGGAACGCUCUGCAUGCUUUGAGAAGCAGGCUUUCUGAUCCCAACAAUGUGUUGCAGAGUUGGGACCCAACUCUGGUUAAUCCCUGUACUUGGUUUCAUGUUACCUGUGAUUCCAACAAUCAUGUGAUUCGCUUAGACUUGGGCAACUCAAAUGUUUCCGGGACUCUGGGCCCAGAACUUGGCCAGCUACAACAUCUGCAGUACCUGGAGCUCUACAGGAAUGACUUAACAGGAAAGAUUCCCGAGGAACUUGGUAACUUGAAAUCACUUAUCAGCAUGGAUUUGUAUGAUAACAAGUUCGAGGGGAAGAUUCCAAAGUCAUUUGGCAAGUUGAAGUCACUUAAAUUCCUGCGGCUAAACAGCAACAAGUUGACAGGAUCAAUCCCAAGAGAACUCACUCGUCUCACUGAUCUCAAAAUGUUUGAUGUUUCUAAUAAUGACCUCUGUGGAACGAUACCAGUAGAGGGCAACUUUGAAUCUUUUCCGAUGGAAAGUUUUGAAAACAACAGGUUUAGUGGUCCCGAGCUGAUAGGACUUGUUCCAUAUGAUUUUGGAUGCUGAAGAAAGAUAGAAAUCGCAUAUCAUCUAAGCAGACUGCAAUGAAGAGGCUUAGUUAAUUUACGUAGGGAAAGGGAAAGGGUGGUGUUAUUUGCAUAUCAAUAUCUCCUCACCAUUUUUACACUUUUUUCUUCAUUGGGAUAGUAAGUUGGAAUCUAUGUUUUCUUAUUUUAUUAUAAAAAAGGAAGCGAUAUGAGAAUGUUCUGGAAAAAGAAAAAUGUAUGUAAAUAACAUUGUAAUGAUGUAUGCUAAUGCUUGACCCGAAUAUGAAUCUAAAAAUGUCAGCACUUGCAUGUCUAUUUAUCAUUUAUCUAA